AUGAACUUUAUUGUUAAAGAGCGCGUCUUUGGAGAAACUCGAUGCUGGAUGUAUUCAAUCGAAUGGCAAAAGCGAGGCUUGCCACACUCACACAUUCUUAUUUGGUUAGUGGAAAGAAUUCAGCCUGACCAAAUAGAUGAUAUCAUAUGUGCCGAGAUUCCUGAUUAUGAAGUCGAUCCAGACCUACAUGAUGUUGUUACUUCUAAUAUGAUUCAUGGACCGUGUGGUGCCAUCAAUCCCCAAUCACCUUGCAUGGUCGAUGGAAAGUGCUCUAAACGAUAUCCACGGAAAUUAACAGCGGAGACUGUCACUGGCAAUGAUGGUUAUCCGCUGUAUCGUCGUCGAUCACCAGAUGACAACGGUCAAACUGUCACAACGAAAGUGAAAAGAAUGGAUUUCGUUGUUGACAACAGUUGGAUUGUUCCAUAUUCGCCACUCAUUUCUAAAACGUUCAAGACGCAUUGCAACAUUGAAUACUGUAAUUCAGUUAAGUCCAUCAAAUAUAUUUGCAAAUAUGUCACGAAAGGCAGUGAUAUGGCUGUUUUUAGAUUGCAAUCCUCGAAUGACAACGAUGAAAUUUCACGCUAUCAAGUUGGUCGUUAUGUGAACUGUAAUGAAGCGAUUUGGCGUAUAUUCGCAUUUCCCAUUCACGAACGUCAUCCUACUGUUAUGCAUUUGGCGGUGCAUCUGGAGAAUGGUCAACGAGUAUAUUUUACGGUUUCAAAUGCUAUGCAACGUGCUGAAACACCUCCAGCAACUACAUUAACCAGUUUUUUUGCAAUUUGUCAAAGAGAUCAGUUUGCACAAACUUUGCUUUACUCGGAGAUGCCACGUUAUUAUACUUGGAAUGCUUUAUCGAAGAAUUUUCAAAGACGGAAGAAAGGCAAUGCGGUUCCUGGGUAUCCAGAUGUGCGUUCUACUGAAGCUCUUGGUCGAAUGUAUACAGUUCAUCCAAAGAAUAUUGAAUGUUUUUAUUUGCGGCUGUUGCUGGUAAAUGUGCGUGGGCCAACGUCAUUUGAGUCACUACGAACUGUUAAUCAUGUAAUAUUUCCAACAUAUCGUGCUGCAUGUGAGGAAUUGAAAUUAUUAGAAAACGAUAGUCAUUGCGGAACAAAGUUCGCCGGGUCAGCUAGUUAA